CUCUCCAACUCCAUAUCCAGUCUUCUUGAGAGAGAGAGAAAGAGAGAUGGAUACGCUGCGAGCGGUGAUAGAUGCGGAUCUCAGUCUAUGCGACUCUCAGCUGUUGCAGGUUCGGAAUGACGCCGAUUCUUCACUUACGUUACCUUCCGAGCCUCCAGACAUUGGAAAUUGGUUCUCUAGCUAUGUAUACGAAUCUUCUACUGAGCUGAGUAAAGACGAUGGAUUAGGAGAGGAUUCUAACAUUAUUAAUGAGGACAACAGCAGAGUUGAUUCGAUUUUGCAGAGAUCUGAGAUGCUCGCCAAUAAAACCACUCCUGCUAAUGAGAUCAUACAUAUGAAUGAGAAUCCAGAAUCCUCAGAAAGCGUUGAGCUUCAUUCAGAGCCUCUUGAUAUAGGAAGAUGGUUUUCAAGCUAUGUUUAUGAAUCUCCAGAAUUAAACUCAGAUGAUGAUGGGUUUCACUACUCUCCCUUCAUGGCCACUGAAAAGGAAAAAGAUGAAGAUACUACUGAGAAACAUAAGGAGUUCAUACAUGUCACCUCAAUCAAUGACAAUGACAAUGGCAAUGGAAAUGACACAGUUCAGACUAGCCAUCCUGAAGGAGAAAACAGUCAUUUUCAUUGUCCUGUAAGCGUCAAACCAGAAGAGGGAACAAAUACAGCAAUAAGUAUCACGAUGGCUUGUGAAGUGGAUUCAUUUGAGCCAAUAUGCAAGAUUAAAGCUCAAAAGUUAAAUGUAGAAGAAGAAGAAGGUAGUAGUAGUAGUAAUAAGGGUGAGGAUUCUGCAUAUGAUGAUGGGUUUAUACCAAUCAAAAGGAGAAGAGGAGAGGAGAAUUAUGUCAUUACAAUGAAAAGUGGACUCGAAAAGAAAACAGAGCCAAUGAACAAGGGUAAGAAAGAACAAAGUACAAUCAGAAAUCCUCUUGCAGAAAUGACAAAUGAUCACCAUGUUGAGUUUGCUGGAAAAUGGCACUGCCCCCAGAAGAAUAAGCCUGUUCUUGGCCCUCUUCUUAAGCAAAGGAGACUCGAUCAAUGGGUUCGUAGAUUAUGA